CAGAAAUCACACUCUCCACUGCACUGUAAUGUUCAUGGACAGCCCCUUAUGAGAUAGCCUUGAAUUUUUCUUGUACUUUCUUCGAGUUUGUCUCUUUGUACAGUUAUCUGGAGCCUGCAAGGAGAAAAUCAGAUUUAGGAGGAUUUGUAGCUCAUCAGACUAUUGCAGUUGAGCAGUAAUCCUGGUCGUGUGUACAGUCUGGACCGAGUGAAGAGAGUUUUCUUUCUGUAACAGCAGUUUGAAGAGUAGGGCUCUAACAUGUUGGGCAGGGGAACGUUGCUUUUGGACACACUGUUAUUCUCAUUUUUCUACAGCCAAGUUUCCCUGGGUGAUGUCAAACUGUUGGAUCCUACCUCACCUGUUAUUGACGACCGGUAUGAUGGAUGUCGUAAAGAAGCCAUGGAGAAGUUUACUCCUGAUCUAUUAAAAGAAGAGCUUGGCAAAAGUGAGAAAUUGCAGAAAGUAUGGAGUAAAUGGGAAGAGUGGAGAGCAUGGAGUAACUGUACCUCACAGAUCCCUGGUGGUACUGAAGACCACACUUCUGCCCUCUCCGUCUAUCACUUCGGAGAUGCAGAGUUUUUAGAGGAGCUGAACAAUGCAGUGGAGACAAUGAUGGUGAAUGUUACCACGUAUGAAAAGGACUUCCAUUUCAAGGCUCUUCAUUUCCUGCUGAUGGAUUCCAUGAUGUUGCUGAAGCCAAAGGAGUGCAGAGAGGUAUAUGCCACCCUGAAAGCUGGAGAAAAAGUACCAGAAAUAAACUCCAGAGUGAGAUUAGCAAGUUUCACAGCAGCCAACUCAGAUUUAAGCUCUAUAGAUUUGUACGACAUAACCAUUUUUAAAAUAAAAACUUGCUUCUAUGUCAACCUGGAUGACCAACUUUGUCUGAGAAAUAUUGGGGAAUUACUCCUAUCUCCAGCUGAACUCUUCACUGUGAAGAGUAUAAUAAAUAAAAAGUCUGCAGACGAUGAAGAGUACACAGAAGUUGUUCUGAGCCAAUCUAGUCUGGAAAGCAACCACAACUGUGUCAUGUUUUCAAGAUCAUCAGCUGACAUCUCCACCCAUUUCUUCCUUCCUCUGCUUGUGGCUUUGCCUUUAUAUUACAUGUGUCUUUAGAAAAGCAACCCAGAAAUCCCUGGAAGAGAAAAAUCAUGUCCUGCUUAGUAACCACAGUCAUUUAGAAGAAAUUUGUUAUUUAGCACAACAAUCUUUCUUGGACAUGAUUAUAAUAGUAGAAAACAAAAUGUUCAUUACAGAAUAAAAAUAUUUGAAGUUGUAUUUUCACCAUUUGAUAAUGGAUGGAGGAAUUGUUGCAAAAUGGAAAAUGUGAUCACAAUAUAUUUCAAAUAAGGGAAAAAAUUUCCACAUGGGAAAUGCCUGUAGGAAAAAUGUUGCAUAUGUGGAAAUGUUCCCAUAUUUGAAUGCUGCACAUAUGGCUAUAUUCAUUUUUAACACAUUUUUACUGUCACAUUUGAAAUUUUUGUCAACAAGCUUUGCAUGUUUCAAUAUAUAAAAUACCUGGGAAUGUUCCAACAAGUGAAGUGCAUGUUUUUGAAGUUGUACAUUUUGAUAAAAAAAAACUAUUUCGACCGUCCUUUUUGUCACAUGUGAAAUGUGUGCCAACAUUUGCAUGUUGAUGGGUUGUGUGUUUGACUUCAGCUUUGCUCACAAUUUGUUGAAGCAUCUUUGAGGAAGACACAUAAAUCCAAGGUGCACACAAAUCUGCAGACUGUUGUUGGAAUGUACAACCGUUGCAACCGAGUUCAGAUUACACAUUUUACAUAAAAAGCUUCAGAUUUUAGAUGCCAUGUGCAAUUACACAUGAGCACCAUAUGUAAUUGCAGCGGUUUCACAUGUGUUUUACAUAUUAUACCUUCAAAAUUCACCAAAAUUGCAUUUGUCAUGAGCAUAACAUGUAUUUUUACAUGAAUCACAGGGUAGAGUGAGGUGAGUUUGUGCCAGUUUUUACUUGAAGUGACUUUAAAGAAGAACUUCAUCAUCCAGCAGUUUUGAGCUGACAUCAUGCCAGCUACAUAAACUCACAGUGUAACCUACAAAAGCAAGAAACAUGUAAAAAAAAGUUUUCAAACUUAUCCUCGACAGUUCACACACAUAAUAAAAAACCCUUAAUCCUAACUUAUAAUACAUAUUUUUUUUCUUUUAAAUGUGUCUUCAUCUUUUGAAUGACGUCUAUCUUCUUUUUAGAAUGAGUAAAACAGCUGAGUCUUCGAAAAUGAGAGGUCAAAUUACCAAUUAGUCCCAUGUUUCCCUAGAAGCAAAGGAUGGCACGACUUCUCCCCUGUCGCAACUCAUCCAACUCUCCCCUGUUUCUCAUGGUUAAAUUUAAUGUAACAUUCCCACGAGUAAUCACAUUCACAUGGAAACUUUCUGUUUUUCUUUAGCAAAGACAUAUACAUAUAUAUUUCUCUGCCGUUUUUAUGCCGUGUAUGCCCUUAGAGGAAAAUCAGAAAAUAUUUAACUUCACCAAGGCUUCCUAGAUGAAAAAUAAAGAAAAAAGACUGAUGGAUGACCUUUCUCAUAUGGCAGGGGGUUAUUCUUCUGACAAAACAAAAUAGUUAUUUUUAGUUGAGGUUACUACACCAAUACACACUGUGCUUAUUCCAGUGGAAUCUGACUGGAAAUGAGACGUCGACGUAAAAGAAGAAGCAACUUGUUACAGGAAAGAGGAAUUAACCAUUCCAGGCAUGAACUUAAGGUCACUGAACCUAUUUUCUUGGGUUCACUGAAGGAAUGUAUUUUUUCUCUUGUGUCAGCUUAAAAUGAAGCUUUUCACAUGGCUGUUGUCUUGAGUUCUGAAGGAAAAUGAAGCCGUAAAACAUCCGAACCAGGAGUAUUUUUGGUCACUGUUUACAGUGACAGCUGACAUGAAGCCUCUGAUAUAAUGGAAAUCUUCUUGUAUUCUUGUUCUGUUUCCUCCUCUGUCAAGCAAACCACACUGAAUGUGUGAAAUUUGCUCAAAAAUGAAUAAAAGAUUCACUGAGAUAA